GGACAUUAGUAGUAUUAUGUUUUGUAACAAAAAGGGAAAAAAGGUGUUACCCUAAAGUGACAAUUCAUUGCCGGAUUGACAGUCACAGUUCAUUCACUCGCCGGAGAGCAGUUGAAAAUGGUGGUGAGAUUAAGGUUAUCGAGGUUUGGAUGCAAAAACAAACCUUUUUACAGAGUAAUGGCGGCCGAUAGCAGAUCUCCAAGAGACGGCAAACACUUGGAAGUACUUGGUUACUACAAUCCUUUACCAGGGCAAGAUGGUGGUAAACGGAUGGGUCUUAAUUUUGAUAGGUUGAAGUAUUGGUUAUCUGUUGGUGCACAGCCUUCAGAACCAGUCCAACGCCUUCUUUUCCGAGCAGGCGUAUUACCUCCUCCACCUAUGCUGGCUAUGGGACAAAAAGGCGGUCCACGGGACACUCGAUUAGUUGAUCCUAUGACUGGACGCAUCACGACACCUGAAAGUGCUAAAAGUGCCAAUCCAACAGUUGGUUCUGAAGUUGAAGAAGACAAAGAUUAGAAUCUGACUAGUUGAUUUUGUACAACUUCAAUUCAAAGAUCUGUUUUUUAGUAUGUGACAAUUGCAGCGCUGAUGUUUGUUUCUAUGUACUGCUGUUUGAAUCUUGCAAUCUUAGAAUGCGUCAUCUUCAAAUAUGCCCUGAUCAUGUCUCAAUUUUGUCUGGUCUUGCUAAAGGGAUAUAUUUUAACUAUCUAUGUUUAAAUAAAAUAGCACCCCUUAGAUAUG